AUGGCCCGAAGCUCCAGCUGCAAGGCCUGUGGACUUUCCAACAUCCCGCCUCGUCUGAGCCGGCUGACGAACACCUCAAUUCCUGCCCGUGAUCCCGGAGAAGAAGCUCUACGCCAGGCCCCUGUUGCACAGUGUAAUACCGCUUCGGCAGGCUUCAACAUCUACAUAAUGUCGGGACCGCCGCCUCCCAAGCCCGGAGCUGGCCUGUCUCUCUACGCCGACCUCCUUGACCCUACCGGCGACUCCUCAGCCUCGAUAUCACGAGCACCUCAAGUCUCCAAGCAGGCGCUUGACGCGGUCAAGGAGCAAGAAGCGGCAGCAAAGAAGCCAGAUGCCGCACUCCGAUUCAAUCCGAUACCCAAUAUAAGGCGGCCCCUGCAGAAGACGCAGAAACCGAAAGGUACAUUUCCAAAGGCCGUUGGUCCCGCUGCUCCUGCUGGCGCGACGGGCAAUGCGCCGGCAUCAGCAGGAGUAGGGAGCGCGCCCGCGCCUAUGAAGAGCACGCUAGCGGACUGGGCGAAUACGGAAGACGACGACGAGUGGAUGUAUGCAGGUGAGAAGCGGCCUCGCGGCAACAAAAAGAAGAAGAAGAAGACUGGCGCGCCCGUCGAGACGGACUGGAACGAGAUUUAUGAUCCUUCGCGGCCGACGAAUGUGGACGAGUAUCUGCGCAGUGAUGAGCGCAUACAAGAGGUCAGGGAGUGGAAAGCACUUUUAUACAGGCACAGACGACCGGAGGAGAGGAAGAGACAAUCAAGCUGGGAUAGCGAGGACGACGAGGACAGGCCGGUGAACAACCAGUUUGCUCCUCCACCUUCCUACUCCUUUGCACCGCCACCUCCCUCACCACCUCAUGCGGCGGCAGCACCUCUCUUAGACGAUCGAACAGGCGACGAUGCUUAUGCUCGCCGCUUAGCCAUGUCCCAAGGCAUACCACCGCCACCGCCACCACCACCCGAGCCAGCUCAUGCAGAACUUCCAACACCAGUAUCGGCGUCGCCUCCACCACCUCCAGAACCGGACGCCUCAACUAUCUCCAGGGCUCCAGUCCGCUAUGCGCAGCCCUCGCCGCCCCCCGCGACUACCGAGCCAGAUGCCAUGGACGUGGACGCCCCCGAUGCUCAACUCGAAGACGAAGACGAGGAUGAAGACACCCCGCGAUCAAGCCGUCCCGGUCAGAAAGGCUUCGCAGCCCGCCUCAUGUCCAAGUACGGAUGGUCCAAGGGCCAAGGUCUCGGCGCAGAAGGGACCGGCAUGCUCGCCCCCUUGCGGGUGCAAGUUGAGAAACGCAAGAAGAAAUCCGAUGCCGAAGGCGGCGGCUGGCGCCAGCCCGCCGGACUGGGAAAGAUCGUACAGCCCAAGACGAAUGCGAACGCAGCAGCAACCUCGACCUCGACUUCGGGGGAUCAGGGCGGCAAGUUUGGGCCCAUGUCCAACGUCAUCGUGCUCCGGCGCAUGCUGGACAACAUCGAGGACCUGCGGCAGGAGAUGGAGGAAGGGCUGGGCCAAGAGAUCGGCGAGGAGUGCGGAGACAAGUACGGGCGCGUUGAGCGGCUGUACAUCGACGUCGCCGGCGGCACGCGGAACGUGUACAUCAAGUUCGUGGAGACAGUGAGCGCCUUGCGGGCUGUCAAUGCGCUCGACGGCCGUGUGUUCGCUGGGAGCAACAUUGAGCCGCGUUUCUACGACGUGGAGCAGUUCGAGAAGGGCGUGUAUGAAUGACCCCGAGAUCAAACUAUAAGCUACUUGGGCUUAAGAAAAUGACACAAACAAACAAACAACAGUGAUACCCCCCCUCAUGCAUUAUCAAUAUUAU